AUGUCAGAAAACGGUGUCAAGGAUAUAAACAUGGACUCCAAGUCUUCCGUUCGAUCCCGGGAUCACUCUACGGACACCCUGCGGACCCGUAGGUCCCACCGGUCCGGGUCAAGGGACAGGCGAGACAGUCGUCACCGUGAGCGCGAGCGUCGUGGCUCUCGUGAGCGAUCUCACAGGGACGAACGUGACCGGGAGCGCUCGCGCCGGGAUCGCGACUACGACCGGGACAGGCGCCACCGUGAGCACGACCGGGACGAGAGGGACCGUCGGCGCCGGAAACGUGACGAGGAAGUAGACGAGGCUGAUGGCGACCGUCCCAGGAAGAGGCGUGACUACGACGACAGGAGCCCCCGUCGCGGCGAUGACCGAGGACACUCCCGCGACCGCGACAGGCCUCCCCGUGACCGCGGCCCUCGGGAUGAUCGCCCGGACCGCCACCACAGCCGAGGCGCACGCGAUGACAGGCCCCCGUACGAACGCGAGCGCUCUCAUCGCCCCCGUUCGCCUCCACCGCCUCCUAGGCUCUCGCCUCCGCUCGAACCCGGAAACGAAGACCCUGUGGUCGAAGAACCGAAUCCAGAGGACUCUGAAGCGCGGUCUGUCUUCGUUUCUCAGCUUGCGGCUCGCCUUACAGCCCGUGACCUUGGCUACUUCUUUGAGGAUAAACUCGGUGACAAUACUGUGCUAGAUGCACGCAUCGUGACGGACAGAUUAUCUCGUCGUUCGAAAGGGAUCGGCUACGUCGAAUUUCGCAACAUUGACUUGGUGGACAAGGCCCUCGGCCUGAGCGGCACCGUUGUCAUGGGUUUGCCUAUCAAGGUUCAGUUGACUGAAGCCGAGAGGAAUCGCACUCAUGCAGGAGAUGGAUCUAUGAACCUUCCUCCCGGCGUCCGCGCCUCAGCCGGGUCCAUGCAACUUUACGUUGGCUCUCUUCACUUCAAUCUGACCGAAAGCGAUAUCAAGCAGGUGUUCGAACCUUUCGGCGAGCUCGAGUUCGUCGAUCUUCACAAGGACCCGGCCACUGGUCGUAGCAAGGGUUAUUGCUUCGUGCAGUACAAGCGUGUUGAGGAUGCACGUGUGGCUCUCGAGCAGAUGGACGGCUUUGAGCUUGCCGGCCGCACUCUCCGUGUGAACACUGUUCACGAAAAGGGUAACGUCAAGUAUGCUCCGCAGGAGUCUCUAGAAGAUGGUGGUGGCGGUAACUUGAACGCGGCUUCUCGUCAAGCGCUGAUGCAAAAGCUUGCCAGGAUCGAACCGGAUCAUUCGCCCGAGCCAAUGGCUCGUCCCAACAUCCAGGCUAUGGAGUCCCGCUGCGUGCUCCUCAGGAACAUGUUCAAGCCCGAGGAAGAGACUGAACCGGAGUGGGACAAGGAUUUGGCCGACGAUGUCAAAGGCGAAUGCGAGAGCAAGUAUGGCAAGGUUGAACGCAUCAAGGUUGUUAGAGACUCGGCGGGUGACAUCUACGUUAAGUUCGACAACGUCGAAAACGCGCGUAAGGCUAUCGAUGGCCUCAACGGUCGUUGGUUCGGAGGCAUGCCUAUCACGGCCGCCUUUGUAUCCGACGCCAUCAUGCAAGCUCACUUGUAG